AAACAAAAGGAGAGGGUGGGGCACGGACACCGAGCGGCAGCAGGCCGCGGGGGCAGGGACUACGGGUGGCAGCAGGCCGCGGGGGCAGGGACUCCGGGCAGCAGCAGGCCUCAAAGGCAGGGACUCUGGGCGGCAGCAGGCCGCGGGGGAAGGGACUCCGGGCGGCAGCAGGCCUCAAAGGCAGGGACUCCAGGCGGCAGCAGGCCUCAAAGGCAGGGACUCUGGGCAGCAGCAGGCCUCAAAGGCAGGGACUCUGGGCGGCAGCAGACCUCAAAGGCAGGGACUCGUUGCGGCAGCAGGCCUCAAAGGCAGGGACUCUGGGCAGCAGCAGGCCUCAAAGGCAGGGACUCUGGGCUGCAGCAGGCCGCGGGGCAGGGACUCUGGGCGGCAGCAAUGACUCUGGGCGGCAGCAGGCCGCGGGGGCAGGGACCCUGGGCGCCAACAGGCCUCAAAGGCAGGGACUGUGGGCGCCAGCAGGCCUCAAAGGCAGCGACUCUGGGCAGCAGCAGGCCUCAAAGGCAAGGACUCUGGGCGGCAGCAGGCCUCAAAGGCAGGGACUCUGGGCGGCAGCAGGCCGCGGGGCAGGGAAUUGGGCGCGAUGAUCAGCCUGCUGACUAACCUGGCCAGGAUUCUUUUGGUCACUC